AUGGCGCCUAAAUCUUUCUUCUUGGUAAGUCUUUGUUCAAUUAUUUUCUUUCAUGGCUGUUUAGCUCAAAUUGAGCAGCAACAGGUAUGGGGAGGACAACAACAGCCUCAACAACAACGACAACGACAGUCCCGUCAAGAAAGUGAAUGUCGCAUUGAGAACAUACAAGCUCUUGAACCCACUCGAACAAUCCAAUCUGAAGCUGGUGUUACUGAACGUUGGGAUGAGAACGAAGAACAAUUGCAGUGCGCUGGUGUUGCUGUUACUCGUCAUGUUAUUCAACCUAGAGGCCUUCUGUUGCCUGAAUUCGUCAAUGCUCCUAAACUUAUCUAUGUUGUCCAAGGUAGAGGUAUCCAAGGAGUUUCGAUUCCUGGUUGUCCAACAACAUAUCAAUCAUUCCAACAAUUAAUUGAAGGAAGAAGCAGCCAAGGCCAACAAAGCAGGUAUAGAGAUGAGCAUCAGAAGAUCCGACACUUGCGACAAGGCGACAUUGCAGCAUUGCCCACUGGAAUCUCUCACUGGUUCUACAAUGAUGGAGAGACUCCACUUGUCCUUGUCAGACUUCUUGACACAAGCAACGCCCAAAACCAACUUGAUCAGAGACCCAGAAGAUUCUACUUGGCCGGAAACCCGCAACAACAAGGCCAGACAACCUUCGAGCGAAGCCGCCAGACUGAGGAAGAGAGAUCAGGAAACAAUAUUUUCAGUGGAUUCGAUGUAGAGAUGUUGGCAGAAGCUUUUGGAGUUAGCACCGAGACUGCUAGGAGCCUCCAGAGCCUAAACGACAACAGAGGCAACAUUGUUAGAGUUGAAAACGGACUUCGAGUGAUUAGGCCACCAAGAAGAGAAGAAGAAGAAGACCGUGAACAAAGAGAAACUAGGUACAACGGUUUCGAGGAGACUCUUUGCGCUGCUAGACUUGUGCAUAACAUUGCCGACCCUGUUCGUGCUGAUGUUUACAGCCCACUCGGAGGAAGAAUCAGCAGUCUUAACAGUCAGAAACUUCCCAUCCUUAGCUAUCUCCAAUUGAGUGCCGAAAGAGGUGUUCUUUACAGGAAUGCUAUCAUGGUACCUCACUGGAACUUAAAUGCCCACAGUAUCAUCUAUGUCACACGAGGAAAUGGUAGAAUUCAAAUUGUUGGAAACUACGAACGUCCCGUAUUCGAUGGACAGGUCCGAGAAGGUCAAAUUUUGACAGUUCCACAGAACUUUGCUGUGGUGAAACAAGCAGGAAGCCAAGGAUUAGAAUGGGUUGCAUUCAAGACUAACGACAACGCCAUGAUCAGUCCUCUAGUCGGAAGGAUUUCAACUCUAAGGGCAAUGCCAGAAGAUGUUUUGAUGAACUCAUACAGAAUCUCAAGGGAUGAAGCAAGAAGGUUGAAGUUCAACAGAGAGGAAAUGGUUGUUUUUGCUCCAUCUAGGUCUGGUUCCCAGCAGGAACAGAGAUGGGCUUCUGCUUAA